AUGGAGGAGAGAGCAAAGUGCUUGGCAUUGCUCGGAGCCGGAGCUCUGGUAGGCUCUGUUUCCACCAUCUUUCUAUUGAAGCUUCGAGCGAGACGGACUGUGAAACAAUGUGAUGAAAAGGGAGUUGAAUUGAAUAUUACUGGGAAUGGAAAUAGUAGGAUGACUGGUCUGGACCUUCUAAGUGAUGAGAUAGUUUCUGAACAAUUAAAGAGGAACAUUCAAUUCUUUGGACUUGAGCCUCAACAAAAAGUGACUGCAUCCUAUGUUGUGGUCAUUGGUCUUGGUGGAGUUGGAAGUCAUGCUGCAUCUAUGCUUUUGCGAUCAGGGAUUGGCAAGCUCCUCCUUGUGGACUUUGAUCAGGUAUCAGUUUCAUCACUUAAUCGACAUGCUGUUGCAACAAGAGCAGAUGUUGGUAUCCCAAAAGCACAGUGUCUGAAAGAGCAUUUCUUGUCAAUAUUCCCAGAGUGCCAGAUAGAAGCAAAAGUUCUAUUAUAUGAUUCUUCAACAGAAGAGGAAAUUCUUUCAGGUCAUCCUGAUUUUGUUUUAGACUGUAUUGAUAACAUUGAUACAAAGGUGGCACUUCUUGCUGCGUGUGUACGUAGGGGUUUGAAGGUACUAUCGGCAACAGGAGCUGGUGCUAGAGCUGACCCCACCAGAAUACGCAUUGCUGAUUUAAGACAAUCAACAAAUGACCCAUUAUCACGAGCUGUAAGACACCGUUUGAGGAGGGAUCAUGGCAUUGAAGGUGGCAUUACUGUUGUAUUUUCAUUAGAGAAACCUAAGGCAAAGCUUCUUCCAUUUAAAGGACCAAGUGGAGAAGAAGAAAACCCUUCAGAUUAUCAGAUACUACCGGGGUUUAGGGUUCGCAUAAUACCUGUUCUGGGUACCAUCCCUGCAAUAUUUGGACAGGUCAUGGCCUCCUAUGUUUUGACACAACUGGCAGGAUUACAAGUUCAAACGGAACCUAUUGUAAAUUUGGAUAUUGACCAUUACCGGAUGCUUCACCAACGCCUUAUUGAGCAUGAGGAGUCAUUGUAUGGCACUGCCUUGCAAGUCCAUGUAGAUGUCGAGGAAGUGAUGUUUGUUGUAAAAGAGUUGUGGCAUGGAAGAAGUGCAAGAGAACUGUUUGCUAAAGAUGUUGGGCGUGGUAUGUGGCGAUCGGUAAAUGAGUUAAUGCUUGUGAGGUGGGACCAGGAAAAGCCGGCAUCUGUGGCCAACCUAAUUCUUCUGAAAUUUAAAGAGGCAGAAGAACAUGAAUCGAGGAUGCUUGAGGAUAUUAAAGAAAGAGAACCAGAAUAUUUUGUUAGAGUGACAUCUAUUCUGAAGCGGGCUGAACUAGAAUUUGGCUUGUAA